CGUCUAUUCAAAGCAAAUGUGUAGUGAUCAGCAGCCAGUUAAUUAUUUAAUUAAUUUUAAUUGGUACGCGAUUAAUUAUAGAUGUGAUAAGUCGCGUAACCGGAGUGCACGGCGUCGGUCUAACCUAGAAAAGAAAACAAAGUGUGAACGAGGCCCCCCUAAUAAUAAUGUUUCGUUUUUUGAGUGGCAGGAAGGGCAGGAAUGCGGGGGCCGACGGUGGCAGGUCCAACGGGAAAAGUUCCUCUAAACACGCUAAUAAGAAUUUGAUUCAAUGCAAAGUGAUACUGUUGGACGGUACUGAUUUGAGUGUGGAACUUUCGAAAAAAGCAAAAGCCCGUGAUUUAUAUGAACAAGUUUUCUAUUCUUUGGAUCUCAUCGAAAAAGAUUAUUUUGGAUUGCAAUUUACAGACGCUAACCACGUUAAGCAUUGGUUAGAUCCCACGAAAACGAUUAAAAAACAAAUUAAAAUUGGUCCUCCAUAUACAUUAAGACUGAAAGUGAAAUUUUACUCAUCCGAGCCUAAUAAUUUAAGAGAAGAGUUGACACGGUAUCAAUUCUUUUUGCAGCUGAAACAAGAUAUUUUAGAGGGAAGACUUGAUUGCCCGCAAGAAACUUCAGUAAAGUUAGCUGCAUAUGCUUUACAAUCCGAACUUGGUGAUUAUGACGAAACCCAACACACAGCAGCAACAGUAUCAGAAUUUCGGUUCGUACCCAACCAAACAGAAGAAAUGGAAAUUGAAAUUUUGGAAGAAUUUAAAAAAUGCAAAGGAUUGUCACCAGCUAACGCGGAACAAGCCUACCUGAACGAUGUGAAAUGGAUGGAAAUGUACGGCGUCGAUAUGCAUACGGUAUUGGGUAAAGACGAUAUGGAAUAUAAGCUGGGACUCACGCCAACUGGAAUAUUGGUAUUUGAGGAACCAAGCACCAAAAUUGGGUUGUUUUUUUGGCCUAAAAUAAUGAAGUUGAAUUUUAAAAAGAAGAAAUUGACUGUUGUUGUUGUUGAGGAUGAUGAUGAUGAUAGGGCUCCGCCUGUACCUCAGGAACAUACAUUUGUGUUUAGGCUUCAUAAUGAAAAGGCUUGCAAGCAUUUGUGGAAAUGCGCUGUAGAGCAUCACGGAUUCUUUAGGCUCAGAGCUCCCGUAAAAGGACCAUCGGCCAGGCAAAAUUUCUUCAGAAUGGGUUCGCGCUUUCGAUAUUCCGGCAGGACCGAGUAUCAGAGCACGUAUCAAAAUAGGGCGCGCAGGACGGUGCAAUUGGAAAGAAAACCGAGUCAGAGAUAUGGAAGAAGACAAAGCCAUGUGCUUAGAGAGAGACAGAAACAACAGCAUGUUGUUCAGCCAAAUCGUGAAGGAAGCCAAGGUUCCUCUUCAAAAUCCCCAGAUAGCUUCCAGCCCGCUUCCAGUAGAUGUAGUGAAAGAUCAAAUAAAUCUAGUGCCACUGACGAACCGAUUUACUGCCAAGUUAAAGACGAUUUAACUAAGAGUCUGACACCAACACCAUCUACACCUACAAGACCUACAUCUUUGGGUUUGAGCGGACAAAACAGUUUUGGAAAAAGUUCCAUUGGGAGAAACUCAUUUGGAAAAUCCUCAAUUGCUUGUGGUCCCGCUUACAGUCCUGCUUUAUCCAGUAGUAGCAAAAAUAGCUCUUCUAAACGAAAAUCGGCUACUCCAACUAGUAAUAUAGCUGCGAUUAGUCCUGUGUCAUCAAAUGCCGAUAGCCAAUUGGACUUUUUACUCAAAAGCCUGGCGAAAGAAUCGCUAUCGGGCGUGAGCAGGGACGAGUGUAGGAAUAAGUUGGAAGACACUGAGAAUUCGAGUGGAUCCAAGUCUUUGCCAGCUGAAAUGCCUAAUAAUAUAUCGAAAAAUAUGGGUAGCGCCAAACCUUUACCGCCUGGACAUAUAAAAUGCAACAUUUUGAAAGCUAAAAUGAUGGAAGAGGAACUUCAAAAUUCGAAGCUUACAAAUCAGAUGUUUGUGCAGGCGCCUAAAGAUGAUGAGACUUCGUUGAACGCAGCGACUUUCAUAUCCGUUGGAGGUGAUAAAUUGACAUUAACUGUGAGUGGUCCACCAAGCAUCGAACCCGCAAAAGAAGUUCCUGUGAAACGUUGCACUACUCCUAUAACAGUAACGUUUUUCGGACAAGCCAUGAACGAUGGGAAACUGGAAAUUUGCCAGGUAGCUAAUGAAACUACUGAAAAAACGGAUCGAGAAAACAACCUCAAUCCUUUUGCCAACUACUUGAAAGAUGAGAAUUUGAAUCCGUUUAGCGGAUCGAACAGUAUAGUUUUUAAUAAAAAUAAUCCGUUUAUGGAUGCUUCAGGAAGUGGAGAAGAAAUGGAGCCUAAAAGUGAUAAGGAUAGCGAAAAAAGUGAUGCUAAUGGAAAUCAUAGUUCAGAGUCCAAUGAAGACAGUGAUUCGCAUGAAAAACCGCCAACACCGAUGAGUCCCAAUUUAAGUAAAUUGUCACCGUGGCUCGUCUCCCAAGAAGUAAUUUCUUCGCCGGUAGCUAAAGUGAACACUACAGAAACGGCUAUUAUACGAAAGUCCGUUAUUACUACUCAGCUCUAGUUUAAAUACUUCUUUACAUGACUAAAACAGGUAUAUAUAUUUUUUCUAUUGAGAUUACUUUUUAAAAAAUGUACCUGUUGGCCUUUGUACAAUAAUUUUAGAAAACAUUUCCAAUGUUUAACUUUUUGACAAUAUUCUACUAAAAAAUAUACGUAUAUUGAUAAGACUAUAAAACCUAUACAUUCUAUAAUUAUAAUGUGAUAUCGAAUCUCCAAUAUUUAAGUAUUCUUUUACUAUUGAAUUUUAAUGAAUUUUUAUUUCUCGAUUUUUUUUAUUCUUGUUUUGUGUACUUAAUGUUUUAUGCAGAAGUUUUUUUUUUUUUGCUUAAAAAAUACUUAUUUAAGUUUAAGGUUUAUAAAGCUUCAGCUUCAAUAUGCAGUAGCUACAGAUUGUGCAUGUAUUUUUUUUGUCGGUUUUAUUGCUAAUCAGAUUUUUCAAGAUUAUGUUCACAAAUAAUGGACCUUAUUGGUUCUGAUUAAAGUUGAAAUAUUUUGAUGAAAAAAAUCAUGCUCAAGUAGUUUACAGGGUGUUUCAAGGUUCUUCAGUUAUAAUGUGCCUUACAAUAAUUGUUAAGUGCCAUCAAUUGCAGAGAGAAGUUAUUAUUAUAUACGAUCAUUCCGCAGCUUUUUUUUUUUUAAUUAGACAUUUUACAUAAUAAUGUAUCCGUCCAUGACGAUGAAAUAUACACUCUACAUAUUUUUAAAUAAAGAUAUUUAUCUAUGUUUCAA